AUGUGGUGUUGUAGGCAAAACGAGGUCGAGCCACCGCCUGCUAACGACAGUCUCAGUGGACUCGCAGUUGGAAACAAUAGUCAGUUUAACACUUUGGUCAAAUCAGGGAAUAUUAUAGGUGCUACACAACUAGCAAAUGCUGUGCUAGGAACAGUCGAGGAAUCAAAUUCUACGUCGACCGAGGACAAGAUAGAGAUCAAAGACUCCAUUGUGCGAAGUGUGUCAAAUAUUCAAGUAAACAAUCUACAAUCCUUGACUCAAGUGACGUCUGUGAUCGCACGAGCCACACUGGAACCGAGUGAGGUGACAUUUGAUACACAGGAUCUUGCUCUGCAAACCUUAAGAUCCAUGACGUCAUUGUUACGAAGCAAGACCAAAGAAGAUUACGGUUCAGAGUCUGUCUUAGUUGAACAAGGCGGGGAGAACCUGGUACUGAGUCUGGGUAACAUUCUUAACUCUGCUGCUCAGAAGGCAAGUGUGAUCGAAAGGACAGCGGAGACAUCGGAAAUACGAUCCAAGAGUGAAAAUGUCUCGAAAGACACAGCGAAGCUUAUCGAUGAUGUAAGCGUUGCUCUCCUAUCAAAAAUGUUAGUGGACCAGGAACCCAACCGCGUGCAAACACAGUCCUUGAGCAUGGUGCUCAACAGACUUAGUCCCAAAUCACUGGAAACAGCGACAAAUUUUACUGACGAUCCUUAUUCAGGAGAGUUCAAAUUUUCUUUUAACGCCAUAACCGACGAGAGAGCGAGAGAUGCUGAGUACAUCGACAGUGUGGUGACUCUGAGUACAUUCAAUCCUUUCACGUGGGACGACAGUGCAGCCCGUGUUAAUUCUAACGUCCUCAGCUUGACCAUCAAAAACCACGAAGGUCAGACUUUAUCAGUGAAAGAUAGUAACGAAUAUAUCGAGAUGAAGAUUCCACGUGAGGGCAAUUUUCUGCCCGAAGGAAGUGGCUUUUUUUUUACUAAACCCAGCAGUGAAGGAAAGAUGCAAUACCAUGUAGUGAGUUUGCAGCAUGCGGACGGUAACGCUGUGAGAUUUCGAAUCAAACCAAGUGAAGGCAAAGUCAUCUUCAAGGUAUUCGUGCGAUAUGGCUGGCGACCAACUGUCACAGAGCAUGAUGUAUCGAGGCAAAUUCCGCAUCCUUCGUGCUUGAAGUCCUCCCAAGAUUCUUACAGCGAUUGCAGAAAUGAUGCGUACGACGUCCUUUUGUUACCUGACAAGGUGAACAAACCAGGAAAAUACUAUAUUGGCAUACUUUACGAAAAUGAUGAAGGAGAACUUCAGAGUCGACGAAAGAAGCGAUCAUGUUCCGGAGGGGGCCGCCAAAAGAGAUCAUGCGUGGAGGUUAAAGAAGCACCAAGACCUGAGAACAUCACGGUAAAGCCAGUUUAUGACCCAAAGACAGACGUAAACUACUCGUUGAAUCUGGUGGAAGAAAACUGUCUGUUUUGGGACAGUAUAGAAGAACGCUGGUUAUCAAGGGGAUGCAAAGUAGGCCCAGGUUCAGAGGUUUCAUCUUUACAUUGUUUGUGUAAUCAUCUGACGUCAUUUGGUGGAGGUGUCCUAGUGAUGCCGAACAAGCUAGAUUUUGAUGUAGUCUUCUAUGAACUCACGCGCCUCCAUGAGACUGGAAAUGUUGCCGUCCUUGUCACAAUAAUUGCAGUACUGCUAUUGUACUUUUUAGUGGUAGUAUUUGCAAGGAAAUAUGAUAGACAAGAUAAGGCCAAAAGUGGUCCAGUUUUCCAUCUACUUUCUUGUCAUGAGGCAAAUGACUUUGAGUACCAACUGACAUUGGCCACGGGAGUGUGGAAGAAUUCUGGGACUGAUGCUCGUAUCGUUAUCAUCAUUCAUGGGAACGAGGCGCAGAGUGAACCUCUGAUAUUGCACAAGAGCACAAUAGACUCAAGGACGUUGUUGGCGCGUGGAAACGAGGAUACAUUUAGGAUUCACCUGCCAAUGUCACUGGGUGAAAUUGAAUACAUUCGCAUAUGGCAUGAUAAUUCGGGAAAAGAUCCUUCAUGGUUUCUAAGCCAUGCGAUUCUCCUGGAUCUUCAGACGGGUAGAAAAUGGACAUUUUUUUGCAACGAUUGGUUUGCGCUGGAGAAAGGGGACGGUAAAAUAAACAGAAUUUUAACUCCUGUUGGUUCGCAGGAGAUGCAGACGUUUAGUUAUUCUUUGCGAUCGCAAGGCUCCAGAGGUUUUUCCGAUGGACACAUUUGGCUUUCGGUUGUUACUAAGCCACCGAGGAGUAAAUUCUCACGUGUCCAAAGAGCUUCUUGUUGCCUUUGCAUACUGUUGUCUGCGAUGUUAGCAAAUGCCCUGUUCUACCGGACGGACAAAGAGCCAGAUCCAACUCUACAAAUUGGUCCGUUAAAAUUCAGCUGGAGACAAAUAAUGGUGGGAAUUGAAAGCGCCCUAAUAAUAACUCCAGUAAACUUAAUGAUUAUGACAUUUUUCAAGAGGAGUGACGAGAAAACUCCAAAUAAAGUCGACGUGGAAAAACCGAAAAACAGUCCUGCUUCCUUUUGUGACAAGUUGUCAACCACCAGUUCAGGGGAUAUUCACGACAUUGAUGUCACUCUAAACGAAAAGAGGUCUUACUUGGAUAAAAACUCCCAAAGUCAGACUGAUGCCAAGAAGAAAUUUAUGCUCCCUCACUUCUUUAUCUACGUUGCUUGGUUUUUGGUCCUUGUUACUGUUUCUGUGUGUGCCGUUUUUACGUUCUUCUUCAGCUUGCAGUGGGGAAAGGAUAUUUCGAACCAGUGGCUUUCCUCAAUGUUUGUAUCUUUCACCCAAGACCUAUUUGUCCUACAGCCUUUGAAGAUAUUGCUUAUCAUGGUGUUUACAGCUUCUUUGUUUCGCGAUAACAAUGAAACUGAAACUGUCAGCUACAAUAGUGAAGAGAAACUGCAAUCACAAAUAAAAUCUCCCGGCGGCAAUCAGAGUGUUAAAGUAGAGAUGCCAAAAGAGGAUGACCUUAUACUUGCAAGAGAGAACAGCACAAAGGAGGCAAAGAUGUUUUCCUUUUUGAGAGAGCUUCUUGGAUAUCUUCUGUUUCUCUUUUUGCUUAUAAUUGUGUGUUACGGUAGCAGAAGUUAUCACGGAUAUCUCAUGACUAUGGAUCUAAAAGAUACACUUGGCAACUUUUCUUUGGCUUACGAUCCUCCGUAUUUCUGGAAAUGGCUCGACAUUCAGUUUGUGGAUGGUGUCUACGGCAGCAACUGGUACAACAACGACAAAAUCAAAAAGCAAGAGUACAUUGGUAACAAGAUGUCUAUUCUCUUAGGAAUGCCUCGCUUGAGACAACUAAGAAUAAAGAAAGAUUCUUGCAUUGUUCCAAGGAUAGUACGAGACAUCAUAAACAGGGGCUGCUACGACCUCUAUAAUUUCGAUGAAGAGGAUAAAACUCCUGCAAACCUUCCAGGCUGGGAACCCUUCAGUGGUUCAGUAGAAUGGGCAAAUUUUUCCGAGCUAUGCCCAGUACCAUGGCAAUAUGUGCCAAACGAGGAACUCUCACCGAGCUGGGGUUACUUCGAUGUUUAUGACGGAGGUGGUUAUGUUGCAGAUCUAGGCUACAAUAGCAGUACAGCUCAGGCAGUCAUCUCCGAAUUGAUAGAAUACGGUUGGAUCGACCGGCAGACCCGCGCCGUCCUACUUGAGUUCACUAUCUAUAACCCUAACACGGGCUACCUAAUCAUUUCAGCGUAUCAUUUUGAAAUAUUGCCCACAGGGUAUGGCCAUCCUUUUCCAAAGAUAGACACUCUUCUGCUGACAAGUACUGAAACAGGCUUUUACGAGUUUUAUCUGAUUUGUCAGUUCUUAUUUAUCAUAAUGGCAUUCGUCUUUUUCAUCGUAGAGAUGUACAAGCUAUACCUAGCUAAGUGGACUUAUUUAAGAGAUGUGUGGAACUGGGUGGAAAUUCUACGAAUAUUUUUGUCGAUUGUGAAGGAAAACCCAUUUGCCACCGUUAGCUUUGGGGAAGCCGUUACCUGGAGCCAUGCAGAAACCACUGCUUUAGCCAUUGCAGCUUUCCUCACAACCUUGAAACUUCUACACAUAAUUCGCUUUAAUCAGCACGUCUCCAUAAUGAUGUCCUCAUUUCGCGUUUGUAGGAGUUUAUUGUUGUCCUAUUCUGUGAUUUUUAUCAUUAUUUUUGUCUCAUACGCUCAGAUGGGGAAGCUGGCAUUCGGCGACCACAUUCAUGGUUACUCAUCAGUCUACAAUGCAUUGUUUUCUGAAGUUAUCAUGUGCCUUGGCGGCCAAAUGAGAUUUCAUGAGUUAAUAGGAGUUCAUCGCUUUUUGGGUCCUUUAUACGGUAUUUCCUUCCUUGCUCUGAUGUCCUUCAUUUUUAUGAACUUUUUCGUGGCAAUUUUGAACGAUUCUUUUGAAGACGUCAAAAGCAACACUGAUAAACAAUCCAAAGAAUUUGAGAUGGCUGAUUUUAUACUAGAGAGAGUGUGUGAUAUGUUAGGAAUUAGCAAGCGAGGGAAAGAUGCGGGUCAGAAUGCCUCAGUGAGGGAGGAUGACGCAGCUUCUACCAAUUCCCAGGAUAACUUCGAUUUUCCUCUAAGAGAAACGUCCGAGGAAAGCGGCUCAAAACCUAACGAAAACCUGAGCGCCAAAGUUAAGCAAACAGCCAUUAAAAAAUCCCCAUCACAGCAUUUGGCAACCAAGUUAGAGUUCGAGAGACCGAUUAGGCCAAAAUCUUCAAAAAGAACGCCCGAAACACCCGAAAAGGUUUUUUCAAGUGAGCUUGAUUUGGAUUCUUCAUUAGAACAGCUGUUUGAAAGGAUUGGUGUGUUGGCCGGUGAUCUCGCUAUGGAUGAUGAACAACAGGAUGCAAAAUUGCUCAAUGUGAUCAGCCAAAUCCUUAGAAACAAUCAUGAAAUUCCAUGCCAAGGAACGUCAUCUAAACUACGUCAGAUCGAAGAGUCUUACUCGGUACCAAUCACUUCACAAGACAACACUGAAUAUAACAGGAGCAGUGAGUCAAAGAAUUCUUCCGAGGAUGAAAUUAUGAAAUUUAUUAGACGCAGAUCAACUCGCGAGCUACCAAUCCACUUAAAAGUCGGAAGUUUUUACCAUCAGCCUCAAAAUAAUCGAACCGGUGGUAAAUAAGAAAAAUAGGCUAAUCAAUUGUGCUGUAAAAUUGGGUUUUUCAUGGAUAUAUAUUUAGCUUAUCUCCAUCUCAAGAAGAGCUCCAUUAACAAAGGUGUUAAACGUAUGAACGAAAGUUAUAAGAAUUAAACCAUUAAUUUCUCAACAUCUAUUCUGAGUGCACAAGCGUAAGGAUCAGUACAGUGCCUCUUUUGAAAACCAGUCUCGCUUGAACUACAUUUUCCAUUUUUCGUCUAAGAGGGGGAAUUUUGUUAAUUAUUAUGACUAUGUAGAAAGAUUGUAUAGGAUUUAUCGACGCACCAAUUAAUAAAUUCUAAUAAAACCAUAUUUCAAGA